AUGUCGCCGCCUUCAAGACGGCUUCAGACGAAGCCGGUCAUCACCUGCCUGAAGACCCUCCUCAUUUCCUACAGCCUCAUUUUCUGGUUCACCGGCAUGAUUCUGUUGGCGGUGGGCGUGUGGGGGAAGGUCAAUCUCGAGGCGUACAUCUCGCUGUCGACCGACGAGACCACCAACGCGCCGUACGUCCUCAUAGGCACCGGCGCCGCCAUCAUCAUCUUCGGGCUGUUCGGCUGCUUCGCCACGUGCCGAGGCAGCACGUGGAUGCUCAAACUGUAUGCCAUGUUCUUGACCGUGGUCUUCCUGGCUGAGCUGGUGGCUGGAAUUUCAGGCUUCAUCUUCAGGCACGAGAUUAAGGCGAAAUUGGGUAGCGCGUACAAAAAUGCAGUCGAGUCCUACAACAGCACAGAGACCAGCAGAACUGCAGUGGAUGCAAUCCAGAGGACUUUGCAAUGUUGCGGUGUGAAAAACUACACGGACUGGGUCGGCACGGACUACUUCAAAGAGGGGGGCAUCCCUGCUAGUUGCUGCAAAGUCAACACCAAUUGUUCCCCGGAGACCCUUAAGGACGUGGACAAAGCGAAGAAUGAAGUUUACAAUACUGGCUGCUUCUCUCUGGUGACUAAUGUUAUGGAGUCCAACCUGGGCAUCAUUGCUGGGAUCUCGUUUGGAAUUGCCUUCUUCCAGCUCAUUGGGAUAUUCCUGGCCUGCUGCUUGUCUCGAUACAUAACCAACAACCAGUACGAGAUGGUGUGA